UGGAUUGAUUAGUGAAACAAAAGCCACAGACUGUCGCCUUCAUAAUGUCUUCAAUGACUUUCUUAUGUUGUCCAAUACGCAGUUCAUAGAGAACAGAGUAUAUGAUGAAGAAGUGGAAGAGCCUGUUCCCAAAGCUGACGUUGGAGACAAAACAGAGCAGGAAAAGACACGGGAACAGAAAGAAGCUGAUCUGAUCCCCAAAAUCCAAGAAGCAGUGAAUUAUGGGUUGCAAGUUCUGGACAGUGCAUUUGAACAGCUAGACAUCAAAGCAGGCAACUCUGACUCAGAAGAGGAAGAAAGUAACGAAAGGGUGGAACUGAUACUUGAGCCAAAGGAUCUCUAUAUUGACAGGCCUUUACCUUACUUGAUUGGCUCUCAGCAGUUUAUGGAACAAGAUGAUGUUGGCCUUGGAGAUCUCUCUAGUGAAGAAGGAUCAGUAGAUAGCGAUCGUGGAAGUGUAAUUGACAGUGAAGAGAAGGAGGAAGAGGAAUCAGAUGAUGAAUUUGGAAACCCUAGUGAAGAUGACCAAAAGACGAAGACAGCACAGAUGAGUGAUGAAGAUGAUUAUGAUGGCUGUGAUCUCUUUGACUCUGAAAAAGAGGAAGAUGAGGAUGGAGACUUAGAUGAAAGCACAAGGCCUAAAAAGAAGAGGCCAACAUCAUUUGCAGAUGAGCUGGCAGCCCGAAUCAAAGGAGAAGUACCAGCCAAACAAGACGAAGAGCGUUCGUUGCUGUCAUCAGAGACCAAAACAAGGAAGAUCCUGAAAGAGAAGAAGGAAGUUAGAGUUCCGUCGGAUGAUGAAGAUGAUGACAUCUUCAAGCCUCCUAAGCUGACUGAUGAAGACUUCACACCGUUUGGUUCUAGGGGUGGCCUCUUCAGUGGUGGAACAGGUCUCUUUGACGAUGAAGAGAGUGAUCUUUUUGCUGAAGCACCAAAAGGAGAAGAAUCAAAAAAGAGAGAGGAGCGAGUCCCAGUAAGUGAAGGAGGAAGUGAUGUGUUUAGUUCCACUGUAAUUGUGGAAAAAGACAAGAAAUCUGCAGCACAGAGCACAGAGAAAACUCCUAAACAGGCUGGGAAAGUUGUUCUGUUUGAUGAUGACGAUGAUGACUUCUUUGUGGGAGCAACUAAAAAGCCUCCAGAUUCAGUCAAGUCCACAGCUGACCUAUUUGAUGAUGAUGAAGAAGGUGACUUAUUCAAGGAAAAACCUGCAAUUCCUCCUGUGGUUGCUGGCACAACUAAAGAAACAGAAAGCCGUAGGGAGACGGUCAUGGAAAACAAGAGUCAACCAUCUUCAGGUGAGGACUUCAAGCCUUUAUCUGAAACACCUCCAAGAAAACAGAGGGGCCUCUUCUCUGAUGAGGAGGAUUCUGAAGACUUGUUUUCAUCAAGUAAAACUGUGAAGUCCAAAGCUACAUCUCUUCCCACCAGCCAGUCCAUGACAAAAGCUCCGCUUUCCUUGUUUGAUGAUGAUGAAGAGGAUCUCUUUGGUGUGGUACCUGCCAAGAAGCAACAGGAAAAACCCCCGGAAGAGAAAGCAAAACAGUCAGAGUCACUCAAGAAAGCCUCCAGCUUAUUGUUCAGCAGUGAUGAGGAGGAACACUGGAAUGUCUCCAAGCCAGCUAAACUUCCUUCUGAAGAUGACCGAAAAGAGGACCCUGCAAAACCAGCUAGGACUGUCAGUCAGCCUAAAGCUGUGAAGAAGACAAGCCUCUUUGAGGAAGAGGAUGAGGAAGAUUUAUUUGCAAUCACUAAAGAGAGCCAAAGAAAGCCACAGAAGGUAUCGUUGUUGUUUGAAGAUGAUGCUGUUAAUGGAGAAUCGCUCUUCAGCUCCCAAUCAGCGCUACUUCCUUCAGCUGCUAAGGCUGUGGUGGAGAAAGUAAAACCAGCACAAGCACCACCCUUCUUUAAUGAAGAAGAAAAGGAGGAAAAUGAAGAUCUACCAGAUAGAGCAGUGAAGUCUAAUCAGGUAGAAGAUACAUUGUGGUGUUUAGAAGAGCCUGGAGCAGUUCCUGUGCCUAGAGGAACAGACGUUGCAGGGCAGCAAACAAAGGAAAAAGCUUUUGCAGCAGCAUCCUCAGAGCCAGCCAGCAGUUCAGAUCUGUUUGCAACAUCACCACCAGCUCUGGAGAAAGAUGUCAAGACCCAAGCUAAGAAAGUGUUAAGCUUGUUUGAGGAGGAGGAAGAGGAGAGACUGGAAGAUGAUGAUGGCAUUAAAAAUGCACAGAAAGAAAUUGGUGUGGCUUCCGAGAAAAGUACUCGGCCCAAAAGCACCGGAGUCUUUCAAGACGAAGAGCUCCUCUUCAGUCACAAACUUCAGAAGGACAAUGAUCCAGACGUCGACCUCUUUGCCAGCCCCAAGAAGUCAAUGUCUGCAAACCGUAUCCUGAAGCCAUCAUCUGGAGGAGGGCUUUUUGGGGAUGACGAUGAGGAUGAUCUCUUCAGUACCGCUAAAACAAACCUUCCGAAAGUAGCUGAGAAGAAAACACUUAAGGCCAGUACUGGCCCUUCCUUGGAGAGCAGUAACCUAGAAAAUGCUUUAAGUGCCAAACAAGAUGAAGCUCUGAAGGCAGUAACUACAGAGAAAUCUACAGGUCCUGUUCCCAUUAAAACAAAAGAGCCCUCAUCUCGGAUUGCAAAGCUACAAGCUAACAUAGCUAUUAACCCUGCAGCCUUACUACCUGGUGCAAUGCCUAAGGUCUCCAAUGUAAAGUCCCCCUUACCAGUUCUGGACACUCCAUUGCAUGAGCCCAAGGAUGUACAGAACAGCGAAGCCUUCUCUGCUGCAGGAAACAAUGAAGAACUAGGUGUAAGCUUUGAUCAGCCUAUGCAAGCGGAUACCUUGCACAGUGCCAAUAAGACCAGGAUCAAGGUUACAGGAAAACGAAGACCUCCUAGCAGAAUGGCCCGCCGUCUAGCUGCCCAGGAGUCUGAAGAGAGUGAGGAGGUGGACAGUGCUAAAGAAUCACAACUGUCUCUACCAAAACAGACAUCGGCAAUAGUGAACAUAAAGGAGCCUCUUGCUACUGAAGCAGAGUCCAAGGAAAAUGGCUUUCUCUCUGGCUUGUCACUACCAGCUCAUGGCAGUGUUUUGUCUGCUGGGACAAACAAACUCCUUCCUCCAGAAUCCACAGACCAAGGGGAUGAUCUGUUUGAAUCAGAAGACCUUUUUGCAAGCAGCUCAACAUCCAGAGCAGCUGCACAAUCAAAGUUAAAGGAUGGAAUGCCAGACAGUGUGGCUAACAAACCCAUCAAGGGCAGGGAGAAAAAGCCCGAUUUGUCUGUUCUGGGUGAUCAGGACAGCAAUGAUCUCUUCCAGCCUGUACAGCAAAAAUCUUCAACAAAAAGCAGCCCUAUACCUUUUUUGGAGGAAGAGGAAGACUCUCUCUUCACCUCUCAGAAAACUGGAAAAAAGUGGAAAUCUGCUGUCUGGCAAGCUGUUGACCCUACUGCCCAAGAUAUCUUUGAGGAUGAUAUAUUUGCUACUGAGGCAAUUAAACCAAUAAACAAAGCAAAAGAGAAAAUGCCAGAGACUAACCUGUUUGACGAUAACAUUGAUAUUUUUGCGGAUCUCACCGUAAAACCAAAAGAAAAGAAGACCAAGAAAAAGGUGGAACAAAAAUCCAUAUUUGAUGAUGAUAUGGAUGAUAUCUUCUCUAGCAGCCAAGUCAAGAUACCCACUCCCAAAAGCAGAUCUUCCCAAGCAGCCUCAGAAGCAAAAUCUGAAAGCAAGACACUGAGCACAUUUGAUGAUCCGCUGAAUGCCUUUGGAGGCCAGUAGCCACGGGGAGUGUGAUGCAGAGAGGCCUUCCUUAUGCCUUGUCCAGUACUAAUACUCUGGAUUCUCUAAUCCAGUAGAGCUGAAAUGAGAUGGCUGUGGAUAUUUAAAUGAGAUUACGCAUUUUAAAUGGUUAGUAUUCUCUUGUGCUGGGUCUAAUUGUGCUAAAUGAUAUAUAUUUUAAAAAAAAGACAGUAACCUUCUGCUAUCUUGUUUCCAUGGUGCCCAGAUGAAUAUAGCCUGUGCAAUACCUGCAAUGAAGUAAUCUAUUAUACAAAGUA